AACUGCACCAUGCGCCUCCCCGGAGUGGGUUUGGAUAGUCAUUGAGAAACCGUUUGUACUCAGAAGAUAUGAAAUUAUGAAAACGUCUGACCACUGCGGAACUUUUACUCCGGGAUUUUACAUUACCGACCUGUUUUUAUGGACAAUUAUUCCCGCUGCAGUCCGUCUGUAACGACACUUCUGAACUACACAGCUGGACUAACAACACAAGCAAGAAUGGAGUUGUGAAGUGGACAGAGCUGAACUCAUGAAGUGUUUUCUUGCCUCCUGCUGGAGCUAACUUUUCGAUGUGGGCGUUCACGGAUAACAGCAUUUUAAGUGAAGUUGAAUGAUGGCAUCACGUUGGUCUCAUUCUUGUGGUGAAGAGGAGGAGAGACAACCAACAAGACCGUCUUUCUGUGAGAAUGACUCUCCAGAGUGGGGUGACAUGGCUGACUCUACCGCAGCGCUGUAUUCGGCAGAGGAGGAGCCCUUCUCAUGGCCGGGGCCUAAAACAGUGUGUUUGCGCCGUACCUCCCAAGGGUUUGGCUUCACCCUCCGCCAUUUCAUCGUCUAUCCACCAGAGUCGGCUGUGCACUGUGACUUCCCGGAGGAAGAACAUGGCCGCAGAGGGAGACAGCGGAAUAGGCUAGAGCCAAUGGACACCAUUUUUGUGAAGCAAGUGAAGGAAGGUGGCCCUGCCCAUGCAGCUGGACUCUGCACAGGUGACCGAAUAGUGAAGGUGAAUGGAGCAAGUAUCAUUGGGAAAACCUACUCUGAGGUUAUAGCCUUGAUCCAAGAUAGUGAUGCCUUUCUUGAACUCUGUGUGAUGCCAAAAGAUGAAGAUAUACUGCAGCUGGCCUACUCCCAGGAUGCUUACCUCCGUGGUCAUAGCACCUACAGUGGAAAUGCCCGUCACAUUCCUGAUCCACCCCCUGUAUGCUACCCCCGAGUAGACUGUAAGCCUGCAGGCAUGGCCCAGGCAACAGACACAUCCCCCCCAGCAGGGCAGGUCUGCCGGGGGCCAGCGGCACCUCCUGAUCUUGGGUACCGCAAGGAGAUCACCGUGCCUCCAUCUCCACCUCCUCAGUCAUACCCAAAAAGCCAAAUGGCAGUGUGCAUGCGCAAUGACAGUGUAAGGACUGUGGUGGUCCCUCCAGAUACUGCCCAUGUGGGUCGAAUGGGUCCAGCACAUAGAAUAGAUUACAUAGACCCUGGGUUUGUCAGAGGGAGGCCAGGGUCAGUAGCUCAAUAUCCUAUCCCACGGAAGGCUGACGUCUUUCCUGCUGGUCCAGGGAUGCUUCCUUAUGGAGCUCCGCCACCUCACUAUCCAUCCAACCAUCAAAACAUUGACUGGCGCACCUACCAAACCUACAGGGAGUACAUUGACAACAAAGGAAUCCAUUCCCAUGGCAGCCGGACUAUCCAGGAGAGGCUGGACAGCCUGCGGGCUUCCAGUCAGAAUGCUUUCAACACCACCCACCACAUUCCCCGGGGAGGCUGGUGCUCCAAGGGGAUUCGACGCAGGAGCACAUCCCAUGAUCGCUCCUAUCAUGGACCACCACUCCACUUUCAGAUUGCCCCACGCAGCUCCUCACAAGACCGCAUGAGUGGGCCAGAGAGAAUGGGCCAUGCUAGGAACUGGCCCCCUCGAAGUGUGUCUCAAGAUGGCCUUACACACAAAGCCCGGGCACGCUCCACAGACUACGUAGAUCCUGCUGAGCUGGUACGGCCCGUAGACAGGAGAGGUUAUGGAAGAGCAGACCAAGGUACAAGGCCCAGCAGAGAGUCUAUACCCAGACAAGCCAUUCUCUACAGGCCUUCUGCUGGCAGCAGCAUGAGGGGGGCACCCAACCCUGCUGUCUACACUAAAAGACCAGAGUCUCUCCAAACCCGCUCCUCCCCUAUGCUCUCAGAUAGACCUUCUCAUUUGGGGAAGAGCACGAGCGCUGAGCCUUCCCUUGCUGACCAAAGACCUUUAGUCAAAAGUAACCAUGCCAGCCAGACUACCAGACAAGGACAGAGCAGAGUGCGAGCUGAAACUAUGCACCCUGCCGAGGCAGGCAGAGAGGCAGCAUUGGUAGGACACAGGUCCUCAUCCUGUUCUGCCUCUCAACAGAGACCCCAGAGACCUGGCAUCCUGAAACCACCCCAUCUAGAGCCUCAGAGCCAAGUAAAUGGGCGGAGCCCUGUAGAGGGCAGGGUAGUUCUGCGGGAGAAGCCUCCCUCUGGAAAGAACCCCAGUCCCCUACGGCACCCUUCCUACAUCCUAGCUGUGAACGAUGAUGGAACAGAUUCCACAGCAGAUGUGGUGGCAUGCUGGCUUCCCAAUGAUGCACGUCGGGAGAUGCACAUGCGUCGCCUUGGGGAGCAACGUCAGACCUCCUGCUCCAGCAACCUGGAUGAAUCUCUGGACUCUAUUCCAUUCAUUGAUGAGCCAGCCAGCCCCAGCGUUGACCGCGAGGCCACUCCUAUUCCAGCAUCUGCUGUGAUAUCUGUUGCUCCAUCCAUAACUACAGUUCCCCCCAGUCCAUCCUCCCCAUGCCCUGUCAUUCGUCGUCAGCUGUCACAUGAUCAAGAGUCCCUCAGAAAUGCUUUGCUGGAGUCUGAGUCAGCCACCAAAACAGAGCGGUCCAAAUCGUACGAUGAGGGUCUGGACAACUACAGGGAGGAGGGGAGAGGGCGGCCUUCCAGUAAGCACAUGCCCAGCCUUUGGGGCCUCAGAAAGGCUCUGGAUGGACAUAGAUCUUCUGAUGAUUCCGGAUCAAGAAGGGAUUCCUCUUCAGAUAUCUUUGCUGAUUCUUCCAAAGAAGGCUGGCUCAACUUUCGGCAACUUAGCACAGAUAAAAAUAAGCGUGUUGGUGGAGGAAUGAGGUCGUGGAAGCAGAUGUACGCUGUUUUACGAGGCCACUCCCUCACCCUCUACAAAGACAAGAAGGACGGGGUGUCCCAUGCCUCCUCACACUCUGACGAGGAACCUCAGCCUAUCAGUAUCAAGGCUUGUCUGAUUGAUAUCUCCUACAGUGACACGAAACGCAAGAAUGUGCUGCGACUAACCACAUCAGACAACGAGUACUUAUUCCAGGCAGACGGGAGGGAUGACAUGCUGUCCUGGAUCAGAGUCAUUCAGGAAAACAGUAACCUGGAUGAGGAGAAUGCUGCCAUAACAAGCCAGGAGUUGAUCAGCAGAAAGAUCAAAGAAUACAACACCAUGAUGAGUACGCCCAGCAGCAGGUCUGAGCCUUCGCCUAAAACAUCCCGUCAGUCCCUGAGCAUCAAGCAAGCCUUCCUGGGUGGUAAAGCAGAUGGCAAGAGCCAUAGUCCUCAUUCACCCAAAACAGAGGAGCGGAGGACGAUGAAAGAUGACUCCAGUCCUCCGCGAGACAGAGCUGCAUGGAAACGAGGCAUUCCAGGAAUCAUGAGGAAGCCCUUUGAGAAGAAGCCUCCUCCAGGGGUCACAUUUGGGGUGCGACUGGAUGACUGUCCACCUGCUCAGACCAACAGGUUUGUGCCGCUGAUCGUGGAGGUGUGCUGCAAGGUGGUGGAGGAGAGAGGUCUGGAGUACACGGGGAUCUACAGGGUGCCGGGGAACAAUGCCGCCAUCUCCAACAUGCAGGAGGAGCUCAACAGCAAAGGCAUGACUGACAUUGACAUCCAAGAAGAUAAAUGGCGGGACCUCAAUGUCAUCAGUAGUUUACUGAAAUCUUUUUUCCGGAAACUUCCAGAACCUCUUUUUACAAAUGAAAAGUAUGCAGAUUUCAUCGAAGCCAACAGAAUAGAAGACUCAGUGGAGAGAUUAAAGGAGCUGAAGAGGCUAAUCCAUGAACUGCCUGAUCAUCACUAUGAAACUCUGAAAUUCCUCUCUGCUCACCUCAAGAGGGUUUCUGAAAACUGUGAAAAGAACAAGAUGGAGCCUCGAAACCUGGCCAUCGUGUUCGGUCCUACUCUUGUCCGAACCUCUGAGGACAACAUGACCAACAUGGUGAAUCACAUGCCGGACCAGUGCAAGAUAGUUGAGAAUCUCAUCCAGCAGUAUGACUGGUUCUUCACAGAGGAGGGUGAUGAAGAUCCUGUUACUACAUCUGAGCAGGAAAGCACAGUGCAGUCUCAGCCUGUGCCCAACAUAGACCACCUGCUCUCCAACAUCGGUCGGACCGCAGCCUCACCAGGUGAAGUCUCAGAUUCAGCAUGUAGUGACUCCUCCAAAUCAAAGCAGGGCUUGUGGGGUUCUGGGAAGGACCAGUGUAGCAAAGAGAUGCUGCGCUCCUCCUUCUUUGUCAGCCGCAAGCGCAAGAAACCCAAGGACAAGGCUCAUCCCAGCAGCUCAGAUGAUGACCUGGACGCUGUGUUCUCAAAGAAGGAGCUCCCAGAGGAGAGCCAGCUGCAGCCUCCCUGGUCCCCAGACAGUCAGACCGAGGAGGAGAGGGAGACAGACGAAACCAAUGUAAAAGCAAAGCACAGGAACAGCUCGGAGGAACAGUUGGACAAAAACAACGGCAAGGAGUCUCUCUCUAGUAGCCUGUCACAGUCCUCUCCCUCCCCGCCCCCCAAACAUGCCUCCCCUACUCUCCACACUACUGUUUCCCCCUACGCUUCGCCCUCCCACUCCCCGAGCCUCAAUUACCGCAUGCCGAUGGCGCACCAGUCCUCUCUGUCAGACCCACCCUCCAACUACGAUGAUACAGUGUCAGACCUCGGCACGAUGAACAGCACCAGCUCUCAGGCUUCUGUUCCCCGAGUGAGGCACGGCAGGACGACGGCUCUGGGACCAGAGACGGGCCCCAGCGGGCCAGGGGCAGAGGUUUGCUCCAUCACGUCCGACUACUCCACAACAUCUUCCAUGACGUUCCUGACUGGGGCGGAGCUGAGCACCCUCAGUCCAGAGGUUCAGUCUGUGGCUGAAAGCCGGGGUGGAGACGAGGCAGAUGAUGAGCGAAGCGAGCUCAUCAGUGAAGGAAGGCCAAUGGAGACAGACAGCGAGAGCGACCUGUCGGUGUUUGUUGUGGGGAAAGACGUAGGACAAGUGGAGCAGAGCUGCCAGCCAGAACUGCGGCCCCUCCCCUCCCACAGACUCAUUGAAUGUGACACGCUCUCCAGAAAAAAAUCCGCGCGGCAGAAGACUGACAGUGAGUCCUCACUGGACGGCAUGCGUAGCGACAAAGAUUCCAACAGGCUGUCACGUGCUGUGGGGUCGACGAAGGGCCGUUCCACUGGCAGCCUCAGCUCCUCGUCCCGUAGCGAGUUGGAGAAGGCCGAGCCGGCGUGGAGGCUGAAGAUCACAGACCGACUGAAGGUUCGUCUGCGGACGUCGGUGGAUGACAUGUUUGGCGUGGGCACCCAGAGGAGCCGGUCCCCUGAGGGCCGCAGUAAGAAGAAGAAUAUCCGGCGCAGACACACGAUGGGCGGUCAAAGGGACUUUGCAGAGCUGUCUGUUUUGGGCGACUGGCAGCACCAGGGUGCCAUCGGUUCUGGCUCGCGGACAGAGCUGUCAGCUGUGGACCGGCUGAAGCCCAAGUGCAGCUCUCAGGACUUCUCCAUCGGGGACUGGAUUGCCCGCGAGCGGCACCGCACCAGCAACCCCGAGGUCAGCCUGGAUUUCUCUGAACACCAGGCGGCGCUGUGCAGCAAAGACCCCCAGAACCUCAGGGCGUCUUCGUCUUCGGAGCUUCUCCCGCAACGUCCAGCUGACCUGCUCAACGGGGACAUCCCUCAGAGUAAAAACCUGAGCCUCUCAGCCACCGCUCACCCACAUAAACUCUCUGGUGCCCAGGUGGUCCACUCGCGCUUCUAUCAGUACCUGUGAGAAGUGUUGGACGUGUGUGAGUGUGUGUGUAUGUGUUUGGGUUCUCUGUCUGUGACAUGUGUACUUACUUGGGAGUCUGUCAGUGAAAUGUCUGUGUUCGAUGUUAGUGAAUGAGCAUGUUGUACAGAAAAUGUUGUCUGGAGUGUGUCUGUGAAAGUUGUGUGUGCUUGUGAAAUGAGGAUUACUGCACACAGGGAUUGUUGAUCUUGCUCAUGUGUAAGGCAUGGAACAAUACAUCGUUUAUAUAUUUUCUUUAUUUCUUUUUUUUUAAAAUGACAAAUGACUGCGGGAUGACUUAGCUGGAGGAAAUCCUCACUCCUAAUUCAAAUCCCUGUUAUGCUGAAGAUUGAGAGGACCUGCUGCUCAUUGAACAAUGGGCCUGUGAAGUAUGUGCAAGACGGAGUGAACAAUGGCGCUGAAGUUAAGAUUGUGUAAAGGUUAGCUAAGUGGCUUUAAGGAUAAACUGACUUUUAGAAUGAAUAGACAGUAGAAGAAAGGAAAGAUUUUUAGUAUUGCAGAGGAACUAUUUUUGUGUAAAGAAAGUUACAAUGUUUAAAGUCAGUGAGUCUUUCAGUAACCAAAUGAAGAAUGUACAGACAUGCUUGCUGUAAUACUGACUAAAAGCUUUAGCUGCUUGUGUUUCAUUCUAAAAGUGUACAUAUCCCUAUUUUUCUCUGUACUUGAAUUGUGUUUUUGGUACAGCCUGUGUUUGGACUGCCUACAAGCUCUGUGCUGUCAAGGGGCCUUUCCUAAGGUACAUUGUGACAAGGAGACACUGGACUUAUGCAAAUGGAAAUACUGUUUUUAUUCAUCACUUCUAAGUGGCAUAAAGAGCAGUGAACAACAUCCCUCUGAUGCAACAUGUUAAUGCUGUGUUAUUAGUUGACGUGCUCGUGAUUUCAUGCAUCUGUCGGUGACUGAAAGAUAUUUAAAAAAAAAAAAAAAAGAGCAAAGGAAGAAGAAUAUGACCAAUCAAAUCAGAAAUCAUGUUUCUUCGCAAUAG